AUGCGGCCAAAUCUCCGUCACCUUUACACCCUGCCCGUCAAAUCUGCUGCUUUUCGACACGGCCGCUUCACUACCCGCAGACAUAACACCCCUAACAACAAACCUCCCACAGGUCAUCCCGAAUCUCCGAAUCUGACCAAAGAGGCGAAUACCCAAUCCAAUCACUUGAAAGUCAAGCGAAACGACCCAUUUGCAGCUCCUCGGAUCCGCAAACACCCUUUCGGACCUCACUCUGGUACUGCGAUACAACCUCCUUCCGCCUCCUCACCUCCGCAGACCCUAGGAAAAGUUCCAUCCGACGUCCCCAGCACGAUUCCAGACACAGCCCAACGAUAUGACCAUUUAAAAGACAAGCGAACAGGUCAAUUUGCGGAUCCUCGGAUAAGGAAACUCAAACGUAAAUUCUCCCCCGUCCGAAUCACAACACAUCCGAGUACUACACUACAGCCGCUUCCUCUCCCCUCGCUUUUACGGAGGCUCGAACAGGAUCCGUCUGACUCAACGCUACCCGUUCGAAAGCGACACAUAAAACAGAAAUUGAAAUUGAAAUCUCUCGUUAGACGCGUCGAGAACGGUCCCAAACAAGACGAGUUGGUUGGAUCAACGUGGUGGACAGCUUCAGCCCACGAAGAAGCUCACCAAGAGGGUGAACAAGACAACCACCGAGUACCCGACCUCGAUACCGACGUCGAUAUAAGAGAUAUGUCUCGCUAUGUGCCCCCCGCGUUCCGUAAGCGCGAACAACAAGACCCAGAGUCACCCAGCUCUCCCGUCCAAUCGACCGAGACUCCCACGUCGCCUAUGCAGGAACGGCCUCCCCCAAAACCUCAACCCCUUCUCUACACGAAAACAGAGCUGCAUCACUAUUUCUGGCCGGAUGAAGACGUUCAGACUCUUCGGCACGCCUUCGAUGAGCGAGCGCGGAUGAGCAAUGGGCCUGGACGUGUGCCAACGGCUAAUAUUAAGUCCGAAGCAGAAGGAAAGGAGUUUGCUGAGGUUGUCAAUGGCGUAGACGCACCGGCUGCAUCCACCACUGCUCAAUCGGAAGCUGCAGAUUUCCCUGAGGGAGUCGAAGAGACCAAGAUCGAAGAGACUAAGACCGAAGCCACCAACGACGAAGCCACCAACGACGAAGCCACCAACGACGAAGCCACCAAGGCCGAAGUCACCAAGGACCAAGCCAGCACUAUUACCCCCACCGCUACCGCCAACCCUCCAUCUCCCAUCCAAUCUACCAAUGCAGCCGGCAAAUUCGAUACGCUCCAAUCCUCCGCCGCCACCCCCCACGACCUCUCCAUGAUCGUGAUCCACCACGGCGCAAACCCCCUCUGGCACACCCAGCGCACCAUCUUCGCCAAAACCAACAUCCACCUCCUCCCCCAUCUUCCCGGCGCCAUCCCCCAAACCAACCAACCCCAACCUCCCACGUCCCGCGCCGAGUUCGUCGACGACUGGGACUACGUCCCCUCCUCGGAGCGUCUCGGCUCCGGUCAUCCACCUCCGCCCCCUCUCCGCCCCCUCCCGACCACAGGAUCCACCAAUCCUGCCGCUAAGCUCCCCGCGGUCCCCGUCUUCGAGCAAUUCCGGCGUGGCGGCGCCCGCAAUUUCCGGUUCGCGGGGUAUUUCCGGAUGGCGCGACUUCAGAUAUUGGCGCCGUGGAGCGACGAGCUGAAGCGGAUGAUGGCGAUUAAGUGGGAAAGGCGGGAUGCGAAGCGGAAGGCGGAGGAUUGGAAUCGGGGGAUGGGGUGUUGGUGGGCGGUGGUGGGGUUGGAGGAGGUGCAGGGAGGGAAUACCGUGAAUCAUUCGGGUGCGGCUACGGCUGCGGCCGGGACUGCAGAGACGGUUGUAGAUGCGGCGACGGAGACGGCUACGGAUACAGACACGAAUACGAGCUCGGCCGAUGCGAACGGCAAGGAAACUCACCAAGCGAGCGGCACGCAGCCUACCGCGCUCCCUCCCCCCGCCAUCGACCGCAUCGACCUCGCCAUCCACCCCGAUCACUCUCCCUCCGACUUCGAGAACCAUCGCGGUCAACGCCAGCCAUUCGGACGCGGGCGCGGACGCGGACGCGGAACGGAGAAUCGCUUUGGCGGGGGUUGGGGUCGACAGGGGUAUGCGGGCGGUUCUAAUGCCGGUGGCGGUUCUAGGUAUGGGUAUGGUGGAGAGAGGAGGGCAGUGGAGGAUGUGAGGCUGGAAGAGGAGGUGAGGGACGCGAGGGGCAUGGUCCGGGAUGUCCGGUUGGAGGAGGCCGGGACGGAGAAUCGCGCGCCGAGGGGGAUGGUGCGCGACGUGCGGUUGGAGGAACAAGAAGAGCAGGAAAAGUUGGCGCGAUAUGCGCCGUUAGAGGAGAACCGGGCGCCGCGGGGGAUGGUGCGAGAUGUGCGGUUGGAGGUGGAAAAUAGAGCUCCACGAGGGGUGGUGCGCGACGUCCAGUUGGAGGAAACCAACGCGCCGAAGCCGACGGCGAGCUAUGUCCCCUUCACUGAACCCCGAGGCCGCAGAGACAUGGUGCGCGACGUCUGGCUAGAGGAACAAGAAGCGGCCCAGGCGAUGGCGGAAUCUGUUUCGCCAGAGCAACCCCGUGGUCGCAGCCGGACGGUGCAAGAUGGACAGGUCGAGGAAACUGAAGCGCCAGCGCCUACGGCGAGCUAUGUCCCCAUGGACGAAAAAAGGGGUCGACGGGGCAUGGUGCGGGACGUCCGGGUGGAGGAGCAGGAGGAGCGGGAGCGACAGGAGCAGAUGAAGAGGGCGGCGAUGGAGCAGCGGGGACAGAAUGGGGAGAGGGUGGAGGAGUCGUAUGAAGGGAAAAUCUCCCCACGGCUGUCGUAUCGGCCGUUAUGGGAGAGUUGA